AGCCGGUGCAACACCCAAGUGGCAACGUGCCUUUCUGCUAUGCAGCACAACGCAGCAGGCCUUGAGCUUCCAGAAGCUGGAGAAGGAUGGACCAUGUCUGGAUGUCUGGUACCGAAAUUACUAAAGUAGCCAGCGCUGAUGUAGUGGUGAGUGGAUAAACGCCUGAGGCCACUGAAAAAGCUUGAGGUCGUCCAUGAUCCGGCGACUCUCGACCUAUCCAGAUGCACAUGUCCAAGGGACCCUGAAAAUGCAAAGAUGCAAAGAAGGGCCUCGUAUCGAUGCUGCCGUACCUUUUUUUCGCGCUCUGUCUCAGCCUCCCAAUCACGAACUGCCGUGACCCCACGGGAUUCAGAGAUCAGCGGUCCCAGCGGUCGUGGAAAGUUCUCCCGUUCUGCGCCUGCCGCUUUGUCGUUAGCGGCCGCUGCAAGCCACCAUGCUUAUGCUCCCGUUUCGAUAAUCUGCUGAAGCUUGAACACUUGAAGAAGCUCCAACCACAACCGAAUUUUCUUGGCUCUUCACUGUGCAUGGGAGACAUGCAGGUCAGAGAGGUCUCUUCACCAAUAGACACGCACACGAUUCAAAUUUUGCCUCACCAACCGGCUCCAAUAGCCUGAGUGAAAACACCUAAACAAGGUACAAGGUACAUCUGCAGGGGACCCC